GCGGCUCGUGCGCAUGUGCAAGCGCCCGCGUGGUCGCAGGGCCUGAGCCGCCUCCGGCUUGUUUGCGGAUCGCUUUGGGACCCCGCCGCUGCUGCUGGUGCGGCCGCCCCCAGCGCCCGGCCUUCCGCGGCACUCCCGGCUGCACGCCCCGCUCGGCCUCGCCAUGCCGGUGGACCUCAGCAAGUGGUCCGGGCCCCUGAGCCUGCAGGAAGUGGACGAGCGCCCGCAGCACCCGCUGCAGGUCACCUACUCCGGGGCCACGGUGGACGAGCUGGGCAAAGUGCUGACGCCCACCCAGGUUCAGAACAGACCCACCAGCAUUACAUGGGAUGGUCUUGAUCCAGGUAAACUCUACACCUUGGUCCUGACUGAUCCGGACGCUCCCAGCAGGAAGGAUCCCAAGUACAGGGAAUGGCACCACUUUCUGGUGGUCAACAUGAAGGGCAACAACAUCAGCAGUGGCACAGUCCUCUCUGAUUAUGUGGGCUCGGGGCCUCCCAAGGGCACAGGCCUCCACCGCUACGUCUGGCUGGUUUAUGAGCAGGACAGGCCGCUGAAGUGUGACGAGCCCAUUCUCAGCAACCGAUCCGGAGACCACCGUGGCAAAUUCAAGGUGGCGUCUUUCCGUAAAAAGUACGAGCUGGGGGCCCCAGUGGCCGGCACGUGCUACCAGGCUGAGUGGGACGACUAUGUGCCCAAACUGUACGAGCAGCUGUCUGGGAAGUAGGGGGGAGCCUGGAGACGUAAACUGCCCCAGAGGCCCCAAGCAGUGUUCUCCAGUUCAGUGUUGCAUGUAGAUUUCUCCUCUUUCCCGCUCCCCUUCGCACAGGUGAGAACUGAGCAGUCAGAUAGCGGUUCAGGGUGACUCUUCCUGUUGCCUGUCCUUCGUAAUUCUGGAUAGUUGCACACCCUGGUUUGUGUUUUGAUCAAAUUUGAAUUUCAUUUAGGGAGAUAUUUUGGUACCAUGAUGGGGUCAUCAAAUUAAUAUCAGAACAGCAACCCAGAUUUAAAGAAGAAAAAAAAAUCUAAGUAAAAAGACCAGGUCUACAGUAAUAAAGCAUCAAAGAAUCUUUAAGGAAGCUUAAAAAAAAAAAAAAAAAAAAGGGAUCGGUUGCUUCUGCCUUUGUGAUCCUGAGUCCACAAUCGUACGAGACAGCAUCUUCUGAGACGUUUUGUCACAGUGCUGUCUCUCACCAAGACCACCGGAGGCUGACAUGGAGGCUGAUCGCCAACACGGCACGUUCCCAGAUGGUUUAGCAGGUGUCAGUGUCCUGCUCUGUCACCUUAAAGAGCAGUCCUGGAAGAAGCUGUAGGGAGAGUGGCUGUGCUGCUGUGAGGUGUGGCCAUCCAGGCAGGCAGCAGUGCUAGCUGACUGGUUACUGGCAGGCCCUGAAUUGGUGUCUGUUAAAUUGAUCAAUCUUCAUUGGGUAAGAAAAGCUGGUUUGGAGUUGCUGAAUGUUGUGUUAAUUCUGCUGUUUGCUUGUAGUUGAAUAAAAAUAAAAACCUUGAAUGAAUGAA